UUCUAUCCCUCGCACUCUUCUCGUGAAAAGGAUGCGUCAAUUUACUUGAUAACGAAACAAUUUGAUCCCGCAAACGCCCCUUAUUCUCAUUCUCGUGAAAAGGAUGCGCUAACUUACAUGUCGACGGAACAACACAAUCCCUCGCAUAUUCCUCAUUUUCAAUUUCGUAAAAAGGAUGCAUCAAGUUACAUGCUAACGGAACAAUUGAAUCCUUCACAUGAAGAUGAUGCAUUAACUUACUUAUCAACAGAAAAAAUCGAUUCUCCGAACACUCCUCCUUCUCGAUCUCGCAGGAUUAAACCAAAUUUUAAAAAAUUUACCAAAGAAUAUCUCGAUAAUAUUAUAAACUCUGUUUUAACUAAAGACGAAAGAAACAAAUUACCACGCGAGGAUGGUAGCAGGGUACGGCCCACAAAUAGGAUCAAGAAUCCAAGAGAUCUCUAG